AUGGAGAGAGAUGGUGAGAGCAACGAGUAUGGCAGGCCUCGCCGGUAUGAGAAUGAAGACACUACACCUACCAGCGAUCGCGAGCUGAAAGGAUGGUAUUCUUAUGGCCUGGCUGCUGAGAUCUUCGCCGUGGCUGGUGUUGGAUCUUUUCUUCCGGUGACCCUAGAGCAGCUUGCGAAAGAGCGAGGUGUGCUAAGGUCCGACCAUGUCACUCCAUGUGUGAAGCCGAAGUCCGCUGUAGCUGAAACCUCACACCUACUCUUGCGAGCUGUUAGCCGUGCUACCAACGACAAGAACGAAAGUCAAUGUGUAGUCCAACCUUUCGGAAAAGAUAUUUCGACAGCUUCGUUCGCCAUGUACACCUUCUCCAUAGCUGUCUUGGUGCAAGCGAUUGUACUCAUAUCCUUCAGUUCUGUCGCUGAUCAUGGAACGUACCGCAAAAAGCUUCUGCUAGCAUUUGGGUGCAUCGGGUCCAUCUCGAGCAUGCUGUUCAUUGUCGUUUCUCCGAGCAUAUACCUCUUAGCGCCCGUCCUAGUCAUCUUAGGGGUCGCAUCGCUGGGCUCUUCUUUUGUGUUGUUGAACUCUUUCCUUCCGCUUUUGGCCAGCAACCAUCCAUCUGUUAUUUCCGCAGAGCAACAAGCGGGUUCCCCUUCGGCAACUGUCGACAUGGUCGAACCCAAUGGAUCGUAUUCACCAGCACCUGGAGGACAGCACUCUAACAAGCAAACAUCCCCAGCUCUGGCCCUAUCCAACAAGAUCUCAGCCAAAGGUGUGGGACUUGGCUACAUUGCUGCGAUGCUUGUACAGAUAUGCAGCAUCGGACUGCUCUUUGGUCUGGGUAAGGUCAACUUCUCAUCCCAAUCUAUUCCUCUUAGGAUAAUUUUGCUCUUUGUGGGUAUGUGCUGGGCUAUUGGUUCUAUACCCGGUGCUCUCUGGCUUCGCGAUCGCCCUGGACCUCCGCUCAAGAGCCUCAAUGCCCGUCGUGGCAAAGUAGGUCAAGUCCUUGCAUACUUCGUCUUCGCAUGGUCAUCUGUCUGGCAAACUGUCAAGCAAGCGGUCAAGCUACGUCAAACGGUCAUCUUCUUGAUCGCGUGGUUCCUGCUCUCCGAUUCUAUCGCAACUGUAUCAGGUACGGCCAUCCUCUUCGCCAGGACCGAACUCAAGAUGAGCACCGUACAGAUCGCCAUCCUGUCAAUCACAGCCACCUCUUCUGGUAUCGCCGGAGCUUUCACGUGGCCAAUCAUCUCACACCGUUUCCGUCUGCAUACGCAGCAGACCAUUAUAGGGUGUGUCCUGCUCAUGGAGAUAAUUCCCAUCUACGGUCUGAUCGGAUACCUUCCCUUUGUCCAAUCAUGGGGCGUCGGAGGUCUGCAACAAGCUUGGGAGAUCUACCCUCUGGGUGUUGUACACGGUUUUGUUAUGGGCGGUCUAUCCUCAUACUGUCGAUCCUUCUACGGUCUCCUCAUUCCCCCAGGCAGUGAAGCGGCUUUCUAUGCUCUAUACGCUGUGACUGAUAAAGGCAGCUCGGCCAUCGGUCCAGCCAUUGUAGGUUGGAUCGUUGAUGUUGCUGGCACAAUUCGACCUGCAUUUGCAUUCUUGGCUGUAUUGAUCGCGCUGCCAAUUCCUCUCAUCUAUAUGAUCGAUACCGAGAAGGGUAGGGCUGAUGCACUGGCUAUGGCUGGUCUGAGGAGCAAGCCUACGGGAUAUGAUAACGAUGCUAGGGAACUCGGUAGCGACAACGAGGAUGCCCAGCCAUUNUUGGCUCAGCACGAGCGCAACGAUUGA